AGUAACGAUAAUAGUGUAGUGGUGCGACCUGUGUUGCGCUUGUUGUGACAGCUCGAGGCGGAAGUUUCAUUGAAGUGUUGUUUGCUUGUGUUUCUCAUAAGUGUACUUACAUUGCUGAGAAAUUUAACCCUUUUAAAACUGAGUCUGAUUUGUUACUUGAUACACCAUGGCGACGGCAGUUGCUUCACGAUUUGCUGUUCUUACUGUGGAAGGCGAAGAUGAUUAUCCGAAGAAGAGUCAACAGAAGAAAAAGACUGACAAUAAAAAGUCAGCUUCGGGCACCCAGAAGUCGGAUGCAAAUCAGAAAAAGAAAAAUAAGAAACAAGAAAAUGGAAAGCAACAGAACCAGCAGAAAGUGAAUGCAAAACCAAAAGCUAAGUCUUCUACCAAGGGGGACGGAAACAAGCAAGCAAGUUCCACAAACAAAAAGAAAUCUGCUACACAAGACAAUCAGUGGGAUCAGUGGAAACAAAAAGAUUCAGAGUUUGUAGAAGAAUCAUAUGAAAGAGAUCUGCAGCAGGCCAUCCUCCUCUCAAAGCUGGACUAUGAGGAAAAGAAAGAUGUUUACGAGCAGUUGAAGAAAGAAUCACAAGAACAAGAAAAACGACAGGCAGCUAAUGGAGGAAAUAAACGGGCAAAAAAGCAGCAGAACCGUGCACAACCCAUGUCACUAGAGCAGUUUAAUAAUAUGGUGGAAUCCGAUGGUCUUAAUGCAAUGGGUGCUGUAGAAGAGUCUGAGUCGGAACAGCCAUCAAUAAUUUCAUCAAAUCAAAUAGAACAUGAUACUACAUUCUUUGAAAGAAUCCAGAGUGAUACCAAGAAAGUUCUUGAUCGUGAACACUCUGAAGAACUACGAAAAGCACGUGAGCCUUUUCUUAAUGAACUACUACUUGUAGCUCAGUUACAAGAUGCUCUAGAAAAGAAAAAAGAAGAAAAUGAGUUAUUAAAACAAGAAAUUGCUGAAUUAAGAGAAGAAUUGCUUAAUGUGAGAACAAGAAACAAGAAACUCUGUCAAAUCCUUGCUCAUGGUGAAAUGAAAGAUAAAGCAGAAGUUCUCCUAGAAGUUGACCGCCUCCAACAAAUGAGGGAUGAACUGUCAUCAGAAGUAUCCAGUCUUCACACUUUGUUAGAGCAAGAACGUUCAAAAGUACGGGCCCUAACUUCUGAUACGAAAAACAAAUCCCAGAACAAGAAACGGAGUGCAAGUGAAACAGCACAAUGAUGGCAGAAGAAGAAACUGGGAAACAUGUACCAGAACUAGUUUCCUGCAGAUUUGUUGUGGAACUGUUUUUGCUGUCUCCAGAUAAACUAAGCAAGAAAUCAAAUUGCUCGCUGCAUGCCAUUUAUGGUGGAGUCUUCAGGUCUGCAGCAAGGCAGAACACUUUUGAACAACUUUUAUAUGUCAUUUUGUGUCUUGUGACUGGAUCAGUAUCUUUGAUAAUUGUGUUUGUUUGGUUUGGUAUCAACUUUAAGGGUUUCAUCUGGGUUAAAAUAUGAUGAUAACUUUAAAUGUAUGCUUUUUAGUAGAUUUGAGAGAAAAUUUUCAUUGGUAUUUAUGUUAUUCUUUCUUUAUACGCUGCCAGAUACAAGAGGAACACAGUUUAGCAACAGAAGGCAUUGGCUACUGUCCUAACAUAAUAUUCAUGCUUGGGCUCAUUUGGCAUUCUGGAUACCACAUAUUCUUACUAUUAAUAAUAGCAUGCAUCAUUAUAAUGAGGUCUGCCUUUUUUUGGAGAUUUUGAAAACACCACCCAUUUAAAUUUGCACAAUUUUGUUGCAUUUUUUCUGAAAAUAUUAAUUGAUAGCUACAAGUUACACCUCAGUGGUUUUUAUUUUGAUCUGGUGUUCAAGAACACCACAGUAUAGAGAAUACCCCUAUGAAAACUUUCCUUUUUAAGGUUUGGUGCAAAGUGUUGUUGAUAAAGUUGGAAACACUAGUUUUAAAAAAUUUCUAAUCAUGACUCAUUUUUUCUCAAAACUUCUGUUAAAGAGCUGCACAAAUGUUUAAAGCUGAUGAAAACUGAUUUGAACGACAGGUGUAAAGGAAAGCAGUUGUCAUUAUGGUUAUGGGUAUAAACACAAUUGAACAAGAUGCUGAAUGCUGCCAGAUUUGGAUUUUACAUGUUCUGUUUAGCCAGCCAGUUGGUCAUUGCCAUCAAUAUUUGAACAGCCAUCUUUAAACUAAAAGUGUGAGACACAUGCUGUGCCAGUGUAAGAUAUUACAUAUUUGUAUGAAAGUUAAGUUUCUAAAUAAUAGAAUUCUUCCCUAAUGAUACCCUUUCUUACUAUUUUUCCUGUUCAGCAGUAUUUGUUUAAUGCAUUUUUUAAUUUGAAAACUUUUGUUGUAAGUAGAAAACAAUUUUGGUGCCAAAUAUGUUAGGUCAUGUGUUGUAAUAUAUUGGUUAAAUUGUUUUUUCUUUCUGUUGUAUGAUGUAUACACCAACACUAUAUAACAGGCAUAGGAACAUCUUUGUGCUAGUUUCUAAGGUUGUAAUGUGUUCCAAUUACAGAAAUAUGCCAUUGAGAACAUUAAAGUUCCUUCAGAAACAUAUCAUUGUUUCUGUUCAUGAAGAGUUUAUAAACUCUUCAAGAUAUGCAGUUUUAAUGCCAUUAUUCUGUAUUGUUAAUAUGGCAGAGAGGUUGAUUGUAAAUAUUGGAGUGUUUUCUGUUAUUAUGUUGAAAUGGCAUGUUUGAGUCUGUUGAUUCUGUUUAUGUUCAUUGUUAGCUGCCCUUCUGAGGCAAAAUUUUCUUUUCUUUCAUCUCAUGUAAAUCAAUAAAGUGAUAUUGUUGUGUUCUGUAAGAAAUUAUUGCUUUGUGUGAUUUGUUUAGUUAAGUUCACCAGUCAUUUAACUAUGCCUCUUUCUUUCCCAGUGAUUCUCUGGCGAUAAGUUAAUUGUUCUCAGUUAUGAUU